CGCACACAUCCCCGCUACCUUCCAUAUAAAAGACAUCGACCAAGCCUGCAGCGAGCUAUUACGACAGUGUCUCUGUGAUUUUUACGCUUUACCUGUUCAUAAUACCUUUCAAGAUGCAGCUGUGGUCAGUUGUGGCUUGUGCCGCAGCAUUAGCAGCGGUAGCAACUGCCCAGAAACCUGGACGUUUCCUGUCACUUCCAAUACCUGAGAAAUGCGCAAACAGGCCAAAAGAGUUCUUUUAUCGCGGACACAACUAUUUCUACACUGGCCAUGUUCCCGAGCUUGCUAACAAGAAAUUCGAUUGGCUGGAUGGCCGUAACAUUUGCCGAGAGUAUUGUAUGGACCUGGUCUCCAUGGAAACCCAGGAGGAAAAUAAUCUUAUCUUCAAACUGAUACAGAAAGAUGAUGUGCCGUAUAUUUGGACAUCUGGCCGCCUUUGUGACUUCAAAGGAUGUGAGUCUCGUAGAGACCUGGAGCCGAAGAAUAUUCUGGGGUGGUUCUGGUCUGCAAACAGGGAAAGAAUUUCUCCUACUAACCAGAUCCCUAACGGAUGGGGCUACAACCCAUGGUCUCAGACCGGCCACAAGAAGCAACGACAGCCAGACAACGCUGAGUACGACAUCAACGGCACCACGGAGUCUUGCCUGAGUGUCCUCAACAAUGUAUACAACGACGGUAUCGCCUGGCACGACGUGGCCUGCUACCACGAGAAGCCCGUCAUCUGCGAGGACUCCGAGGAACUUCUCAACUACGUGGCCAGCACCAACCGAGGCCUGCGUCUGUGAUCAGGGGAUCAUCUAGGAAUAAUCACUUCAAAAUGUUAAGCUGCUCACUUGAGACAAGCAAUAUUUGAUCCGUUAUUGCUAAUUUUCUAAAACACUGCCGUAUCCGCCGUACUUUACUGUACAGCGUUAACUAAGACAAAUUAGGAUUAACUAAGUUUAAGGAUGAAAUUAUAUUUGUAUAUAAAUUAAAAUAUAAAAAAUACAAAUA